CUCCCCCUCUCUAUCCCCAAAUUGAUCUCCACACAUGCAUGGCCCAAAACAUCAAAACCAAAAACAAAAUUUCAAUCGAAAAUAUUGAUCUUACUCUCUUCCUAUCGUUUUGUUUCUGUUGCUAAUAUAUAUAUAUAUACAUAUAUAUAUAUAUUGUUCGAUGAAUCUUCUGCUUUAGCUGCGUAUCGAUUUAGAUCUCGAUAUCGAUUGAUGGGCUACUUUCGUAGUUCUCAACUUCUUGUUUUCAUCAACCCGAAGUCGUCGUUGUCGUCAUUGUCAUCCAGGAGACGGACUAACGCCUCCUCGUUUAGGGAGAAUUUGAAGGAGUCUUUGUUGGAUGACGACAAAGGGCGCGGUGCCGAGGCCGCCAUUCCGAAGGGGUUUUUGGCUGUCUAUGUCGGGCCGGAGCUGACGAGGUUCGUCAUCCCGACGAGCUAUCUCUGUCUGCCGAUCUUCAAGGCCUUGAUGGACAAGAUGGCCGAGGAGUUCGGUUUCGAGCAGACUGGCGGGCUCCGGAUUCCGUGCGACGAGGACUACUUCAGACAGAUUCUUCGCGUCUUGAACGAAUCGGAGGCGGAAAGGAAAGCAAUGAAGAACAACAAGAAGAAGAACACACAAUACAGUAGUGUAAAGAAAAACUCUUAAUUUUCGUGUGUUAUAUAUAUAUAUAUUUUAGUCCUUAAAUAUUAAUUUGUGUGUGUAUAUUUUUAAGGAAUUAUAAGAGCGCAAUUAAUUAUUUGUGGUUCGAUCGAUGAUAAAUUAAUUCA